UAUAAUUAAAAACUAUACUCACCCUCUAAACUGCUCUAUCUAAUGGAAAUCUGGAAUUAUGAACAUGACAUUGCAGACAACAUCAACCUCUUUGAGUUCCCUUAUGAACCUUGUGAUGAACAAUUUAAUUACUUCAACUAUCAAAUGUUGCAAGAUGAACUUUGAAAGGACUCAACUGAGUCCUCAAAGGAACAAAAUAUUGAGAUUUCUGAGACCAGAAAGAAAAAUGAUGCAGAUGAUAUCUCAGAAGAUUCAAACUUCCUUAAGACAGUAGAAGAGAUUGUCAGAAGUGAGAUAGAAGCCAAGGGACUUGAUGCUGUGGUCCAGGAGUGCUCUAAUCACUGCUUCUUGGGUAAGAGCAAGCCCAAGAACCCGAAGGUUAAGAGAUAUGUAAGGGACAGAAGCGACAAGACUCCUCUGCAAGUCCAAGCGAUGGUGGAUGCUCUUGCACCAGGCCAAAAGCAAUUAGUUAAGUCUAAAAGAGUCAAGCUGGGCAAGAAGAUCGGACUGUCUGAGAGCCAGAUCUAUAAGUGGUACUAUGACACUUAUAGCAGGGCUGUAUAAGCUAAUCCAUAGGAAUUCGCCCAGCUUCAGCUGUGAAGUUCGGGCGAUAUAUUAAUUUUAGUCAUAAUAACUUUAGUUCUUCUAACUCAUUUCUUCAUUUUGAUUGGGCGUUUCGAAGGAUUUUCGAAAAUCUUGAACUAAAGAGGGAGGGAAAUUUUUUCAAAAUAUUUGCAUUAUGGUUCAUCAAGGUUUAUCUAUGAGCCAUCAUUAUGCUCAUUAAAGUUGCUAGUUACAACUUUUCACACUGGAUACCUGAAUGGUCUUCAAAUUAUCCUAUCAGAAAGAAAAACAUUAAUAUUUUUAAGAGUGUCGAAGACCUUUUGGGUCCCAUACGUUUCAGAUAUUCUUCAAGAUAUCCGAUAUCAGUCUGGUUCUGAUGCCUUUAAGAGACAUACUUCCCGAAAAUGGAUCAUUUUUGAGAAAUUUUUAUGACAACUGGUAGGGAAGAAUCUGAUGACAUCAGAUUGUUCUUCUAGUCUCGUCAAUGUGGCUAUGAGCAAGGCUAGAGGAUCUCAGUUUGCUAAAAAGCAUUAAUGGAGGACAGCAAAUACUUCUUUCAACCGUUUCAUUAAUCUCAGGUCAGGGAUGAGGGUCAUUUGUUCGGGUCUUCACUUUUUGCAGUAAAAUUUCUUUCUGGUAUUAUCCGAAAACCCAAACAAUUCUGAAGUUCAGAUGAAAUCUGGGAUUUUGCAAAAAUAACCAAGUUGGUGAACUUUAGAAUAAGACUUAGAGCCUGCAUACAUCUCUCAGGCUCUCUGGCUUAUUUGCAGGCUCUGUUGGGCAAGGUUUCGAUCUUUGUCCUGAGGACAAAUCAAGAUCUAUCACUUAUGGCAUCAGGUUUUAUUGAGCCAUCAGGAUUGAAUUAGAGAAUUACUUUGAGAGCUGCAUCGUUUAUGUACUCUAAUCCUUUUGCACCCCCUCUAAACUUCGGGUAAUGAGUGAUGCAGAAUUUUUAGACCGGGUAUACAAGAAAAUUGGUAGACAGAUGUCAUUUCUAACUUGACUGCACUUGGAAAACUAGGAAUUUAAAAGCACACUCCUAAAUUCCUUCGAAACAAGUUAGCUAAUAAGUUUCAGCAGCAAAGACUAUUUGCUGUUUAUAGCACUUUUUCCAGAACUAUCAACUAUUUUUGUAACUCCUCAAAGGUAAAUUUUCACAAUUUAACUAUAAGAAAAGUUUCAAAGUAAAUUUACCUUAAGAGGUCAAUAGUGAAAUUCUAUAUCGGUGAUUCUCACCGUAAUGGACACUUUGUAUAUGAAUUUUGGCUGAAAAAUACCAAUA